CGAUGGGUAUUAAUUAGUGGUGUUAAUGUUAGGGUGAUGAUUAUAAGUGUUGUUGUUGUUCCUGCUGUGCUGUUAUUGCUUUUUACUGUAAUUUCCUUUUGCGGUAGAGUCAGAUUGCAACAUUCUUUUUCUGAAAGCUUUCACAAUGUAAGGCUGGACUUUUGGCUUAGCCCAUGAAAAAAGAUGCCUUUUUUUUUUUUGUGGGGGGGGAGAGGGUUUCCCCGUUUCUUCAUCUCUCUUACUCUUUACACUUUUGGGGGUUUAUCAUUUUCUUGGGAAAGUGGGAAUUGUUGAAUGCUUGUGAUAGAUGCCUCUGGUUUUUUUUUUUUUUUUUUAUGAAAUUUCUCUCAUGCAAAAACAAAAGAAAAAGAAAAAAACUUGUGCUUUUUGAGGGAAAAUGGGGACCAAAGCUUUUUUUAAACGUACUAGCAAAGUCCCAAGAAAAGAGACCCCUCCUACAACCUAAUGAAUUGACAUUGGCUCCCACCAUGGCUUAGACUUCAGCACCAAAACCAGCAUGUAAAAGAUGCUUUUUUAUGGGGUUUAGAUUGAUAGGUUUCUGGCACUUAUGAUUGGAUAAAACUCCGCUGCGGUAACAUAUAGUAGUAGUAGUAGUAUGUUUUUGGUGACGCUUUCCGAUUAAAAGUGGAGCUUCUUGCCUUUAUGAUUUGGAAGGUUAGGUUGUUGGCCUUUAUUUUUUGUUAACGAAAACAAGGGCCUAAACUGUGGUGUGUUGGCGAGAGUAUUGGAGGUUCUGAUAAGUCAAGAAGUCAUGAUUUGUUGGGUUGUUGCUGUUGUGGGGUCUCAUUCAAUGACCGACUCCUGACAUUGCUGUUAUAAAAUGUGAAUUAUUGGAAUCUGAAGGUUUCCCAUGUUGAAAGGCAAGUUUUGGCGUUUGCAGAUCACAGUGACCAUUAGUAUAUGAAUUUCUAAGGUCUUGUCAUGGAGUGGAAUGCAAAAUCUCUCGGGCAAUGGGACUGGGAGCACUUAUUCUUCAAUACAAAAGCAGCUGAGAAUCCAAGGUUACAACCAACUGAUUGUAGCAGUGAAGCAGAUCCAGAAAUCAAUGUUGGACUGUUGUAUCCAUCAGGUGGUAGUGCUUGUUCUGGCUCUGAACUAAUACAUGCUUCUUCAUCAAGGAGCUCAAAAUCAGCUUCCAACAAUUCAUCAUCAAAUGGGGAUAGCAGGGAAUCUAUAUUGACUCUGGAAGGUUCUCAGGAUGAUUCCACUGGGAAGAAAGAAUUGUGCAAUGGAGAGCCGGUUGAAACUUCUCCAGCAGCAGUGCCCUCUCCUGUCUCUGGUGAACCAUUGCUCACUCUAAAGCUUGGUAAACGAUUGUACUUUGAGGAUGUCUGCACCGGAAGUGAUUCCAAGAAACCAUCUUCCUUUGAGGUUCCCAUUUUAUCAGGGAAGAAAUAUAAAACAAGUAGUCAGACUGUACAGCAUCCAAGCUGCCAGGUGGAAGGCUGUGGCCUUGACCUCUCAUCUGCUAAAGAUUACCAUCGCAAACACAGAGUUUGUGAAGCUCAUUCCAAAUCCCCUAAGGUGGUUAUAGCUGGUUUGGAACGUCGAUUUUGCCAGCAAUGUAGCAGGUUCCAUGCUCUGUCAGAGUUUGAUGACAAAAAAAGAAGCUGUAGGCAACGACUUUCAGAUCACAAUGCAAGGCGCCGCAAAACUCAGCCUGACUCAAUCCAAUUAAAUCCAUCAGCUUUGUCUUCAUCUCCCUAUGAUGGGAGGCAAAUAAUGAGCCCAUUUGCAUUUUCAAGGACUGCUACAAAUUUAGCUUGGCAAGAUAUGCACAGCAGCAAGCACCCCCAAACAAAAGAAUUCCUCCCGAAGCCUGCCAAAGCCUUCAAUAAGAUACCGAGUAUAGUCUCUAUGCUUUCUGAUGAUUCCAGUGGCCUUCUAACAUCUAGAGGCAUAGCAACGAAGAGUAUUGUUCCAGGUAUGGAAGUUCCAAAUGGUACACAAGAUGUUAACCGUGCUCUCUCUCUUCUGUCAACGAAUUCAUCAUGGUGUCCAUAUGAGACCAAGUCCCUUUCUCUGGAACACUCCACUCGGACAACACACUCAAUCACUCAGCAUCGUUUACCACUUCCUUCCUCGGAGUAUUGGCACACUGAUCAACAAAAUUCAAGCAUGUGUAUCUCAUUCUCGGAUUGCGAUAGCAGCAAUCGCUUUCAAGACUUUCAGCUCUUGAGCUCACCCUAUGAAUCAGGUUUUCCGUGCAACCAACUGGAUUAACAACACUAUGCUUCUACUACAACAAGAUUUCUAGUCUGCAUGUUAUUUUUAAAUGGAGAUUAACUAAAACUGCAUGGAACUCGCUCCAUUUCCCGAAUGGUGUUUGUACCAGACUGCGCUCAUUUAGUUUCUACAUAACCAACCUACCAUGUCUCCACUGGCAACAACUUUUAAUACCUUAGCUUCUUACUAUUGUUACGCACAUCUCCAUGCUUCAUCAUACUACUAUUUACCUUGCAGGCUUAUAAUAAAUAAAUAACUUGUAAAAUUUAGGCUGUUAGAAACACAUCCCAUAUCAUUCGUUUCCGGAGUUUGGAAGCUUUACAUGUUUCUACUUUCUAUCUUCAUUAUAUUAUUGGUUAAAUUGAUCCGUGGGUCCUCAUUUA